AGGCUUGUGAAACUUCCUGCUUUAUGUCGUAAAUCUGCCCUCUAAAGAAAUAGAUACGGCUUUGAGAUUUACAGUGCAAUGCUGGGAUAACACACAAAGCGACUUAAGAGCGGAAACGGGCGAGUGUGGUGUUUCCCCGAAGCGUUCAGUCAAGUUGAGCAUCUCCUUACACAAGCUGUUUUUUUUUUUGUUUUUUUACUUCCCUAGGUCUAACUUUAUUUCUCCAUUCUUUAUAUCAGUACGAAUCCCGAGGAGCGAGAUCGAUUCAUUGAAUCAUGUCCCUUGUUUUGAAUCGAAUCCCUCAAGCAGGUGCUGAAAGACAGUUCCCAGGACAAUCAAGCUGUGCUGCUUUCCCAACUUCGUUUGUGAAACCACAACCCCCAUUGGAGACCAAUUUAGUCUAAUGCAUCUGCCUCCUCUUUAUAACUUAAGCUACAUCGAACAACUGGUGCAAUCACAUUUAAAAUGUACAUGAGCUGCAGCAACAUUCGUUUAAGUUGCUGUUAGUCGUCUCUGAAGCUGAGCACUCAAUACACAUUCCGCCGCUACCCAAAAUAUGCGUAUAUCAAGCCGGCAAGGGAAGGACAACAAGCACAUAACAACUACAUAACAGAAACGAUGGCCACCGGUUUGAAGGCUCUUUUUGCUUUAACUCGCCCAUUGCAUGUCACCUGGAGUAAUUCUGGCUGCUUUUUAGAGAGGACACCAACGACAUCAAACAAAUACGCCAUAACUGCAGUUUAUGGACCAACUGAAAUUAGAGCACUGCAUCAGUUAUUCGGCGCACCCCCUCGCGCAGCUCAAGGUUUCACAGUUCAUCUCACGCACUGCAGCAGGCUGCAUGGUUUAAAGCAUCUGGCUUGACCUGGUUUUAGUAUCCAGAUUGUCACCUCGAUUAAACAUACUAGUCUAUUGCGUGCAAUGUCCGACUGCCGGCGACAGUGGAAUCGGGAGGAUGAACUCCCGGUUUACUUGGCAAGGCCUAACACAACGGGUCCAAGUCAGCGACAGAAGCAUUGCGGAAUGUUCAGCUCAGUGGAGGGGGCAUUCGACAAAAAAACAAUUGAUUUGGAGUCUACCGCUGUGAGCCAGAGAGGGAGUCGUAUCCCUCGAAGUGGAAGCAGAGAGCGUGUCCUAGACGGUGACUGUGUCAGCGAGACAGCCAGCGUUGGUAGCCUCAACUCCCCGGGAAACCGAGAGGAUGGGCGCGCGGGUGUCGAGAUCACAUACUCGUCUGGAAAGGACUGCUUUUCAGGACAAGCUGACGGAAAGAGUGAUAGACUGCUCAUCAAAGGAGGGAGGAUUGUUAAUGAUGACCAGUCAUUCUAUGCUGAUGUCUAUGUGGAAGAUGGUCUCAUAAAGCAGGUGGGGGAGAAUCUGAUUGUUCCUGGUGGUGUGAAGGUGGUGGAGGCGGAUGGGCGCAUGGUGAUCCCUGGCGGCAUCGAUGUCAACACCUGCCUGCAGAAGACUCACCUGGGGGUCACCCCUGUGGAUGACUUCUACCAAGGCACUAGGGCUGCAGUGGCUGGAGGCACCACCAUGAUCAUCGAUCAUGUCAACCCGCAGCCAGGUGACAGUCUGCUUGAGGCCUUUGAGAAGUGGCAGGAGGCUGCGGACAGGAAGUCGUGCUGUGAUUACUCCCUGCACAUGGACAUUCCGCAGUGGCACGAGGGUGUGAAGGAGGAGCUGGAUCUUCUGGUGCAGGAGAAAGGGAUCAACUCUUUCCUAGUUUACAUGGCUUACAAGGACCUGUACCAGAUGUCAGACUCCCAGCUGUAUGAGGCCUUCUCCUACCUGAAAGAACUGGGAGCUGUGGUGAUGGUGCAUGCAGAGAAUGGAGACCUCAUUGCACAGGAGCAGAGUAAGAUUCUGGAUAUGGGAAUCACAGGACCCGAGGGUCACCCACUGAGUCGCCCAGAGGAGCUGGAGGCGGAGGCAGUUUACCGCGCCAUUACCCUUGGAAACCGGGUGAACUGUCCUGUCUACAUCACCAAGGUGAUGAGCAAGAGUGCUGCCGACACCAUAGCCCAGGCCAGGAAGAAAGGCUCCGUAGUGUUUGGUGAGCCAAUCACAGCCAGCUUGGCCACUGAUGGAUCACACUAUUGGAGCAAGAACUGGGCCAAGGCCGCUGCCUAUGUGACGUCUCCACCCCUCAGCCCAGACCCUACGACCCCCGACCACCUCCACUCUCUGCUCGCCUGUGGAGAUCUGCAGGUGGUGGGCAGUGCACACUGCGCCUACAGCACCUCCCAGAAGGCCAUUGGGAAAGACAACUUCACCCUCAUCCCCGAGGGGACCAAUGGAGUAGAAGAGAGGAUGGCCUUCGUCUGGGACAAAGCUGUGGCGAUGGGGAAGAUGGAUGAGAACCAGUUUGUGGCUGUCACCAGCACCAGUGCAGCCAAGAUCUUCAACCUUUACCCGCGGAAGGGCCGGAUAGCUGUAGGCUCAGAUGCUGACAUCGUCGUCUGGGACCCUGACAGGACCAGGACCAUUACUGCCAAACUGCAGCAGUCGGCUCAGGAGUAUAAUAUCUUUGAGGGGAUGGAGUGUCGUGGGGCUCCCUUUCUGGUGGUGAGCCAGGGGAAGAUUGCCUAUGAGAAGGGCAAGCUUCAUGUGCAACAGGGCACUGGUCGUUUCAUUCCCCGAAAGCCCUUCCCUGACUACAGUUACCAGCGCGUCAAAACCAGGGACAAUAUGAUGGGCAGGCAGGGUGUGUCUCGUGGAAUGUAUGAUGGCCCUGUGUACGAUGUGCCUGCCACCCCAAAGUACAUAACCCCGGCACCGUCUGCCAAGACCUCGCCAACAACCCACCAGCCCCCACCAAUCAGAAAUCUCCACCAGUCCAACUUCAGCCUAUCAGGAGCACAGUUUGAUGACAACAUCCCACGACGCUCUGGCCAUCGCAUUGUGGCGCCUCCUGGUGGCCGGUCUAACAUUACUAAUUUGGGCUGAGCUGACUGCAUGAUUGUGUGUGUGGGGUUGGGGUGGUAUGUGUGUGUGCGUGUGUGUACUCUGUGUAAGGGGUGUACAUGCAAAUCAGUGACCAUUGCUAUGAAUCAACAUUAUUCUGCUAACACUAGAUAAAAUGUCACGGCAAGAGAUUAGACAGUAGAUUAAUAAUGAGAUUUCAAAAUAAAAGACAGAAAUACACACACAUCUCAAUCACUGAAAUAUAUAAUGGAAAUAGUAAAAAAAAAAACUAAACAGAAAAAACGGGUUAGAAUGUAAUGAAUAAUGCAUCAUAUGAAAAAAUGUCCUCCCUCUGAAAAAAACUCUCAGACCUCCUGCUCGACAUGUCUGCCCUAGUAAACUCGAGUGUUGAUAUAUUAUCUGUACUAUUUAAACAAUGGUGCUCUCCUUUGUGACCAGCUAGUGAACCUAAAGUCCUCGCAAUAUACACCAUAUUAUGCUGCAGUGAUUUAUUGGGAAGGGAAUGCCUAUUUAGAUAUGAGUUGCUAUCAGGUGCACAUAACUCUUCCCAGACCUGAUUGUCAGGUACACUGUUUAUCCAUUCUGUUCUUGUGGACUGGAGGAAUUCCGCAAUGGGUUGUCUCUAUGAUAGAGGUUGGUGCUUACUUGCAUGGAUAUAUUUUUACUUGGAUGUUGAAAUUAGUUGUUAUUCACUCCUAUUGCUACUGAGGUAUUCUCUAUGUUUUAGAAAUAGACAUUGUACACGAUUUUCAAAGACUCUGUUGGUCUUUUUUCACAUGAUAUGUCAUACCUUCGCACACUGUGGUAACUGCCAGCUCUAACGCUUUAAACUGCACCGGCUCCUUUCAUAACAACCCUGAAUCAAAUCUUUGUUGUCUGUUGUCACAUUCGACACAUAUGCAAGCACACUCAGUGACAGGACAACUGCACAAGAAGAAAAAGUCGCGUAGCAUACCAUGGUUACGCAUGGUGAAUCAUAUGGGGGCGUGCGUCUUCAUCCACACUGUGGGGAAGACCUUUGCUUCUGCUGCCCUUUGUCUUGACCCUUUUUUUCUUCACUGUUGAUGAACUGUGAUGUCUUGUUUGGCCUGGUAUCUCCAGUGGUUUGAAAGCGAAUGUUCUUCUAUGGUUAUUGUUUGGUAUUUAAAUGAAUCACCGAUCAGUGAAACACAAGACAACAUUAUGAAAUAAAAUCCAUAAAAAUA